CUCGGGUGCCAGAAUGUGAGCGCGUGAUGACCCUCCCUGCCUUCCGUACCAAACACACACACUCCGCUUUUUCUCGGUGUUUCGUGUGUGUGUGUGAGCUCACAGUAUUCAUCUGCUGUGGGUACAGAGGGAGGGACGGACAGAAACCUCGGCUGGUGACAGAAACCAAUCAGAGCGACACAUUACCGAAGACAUUGAUCGGGAUUUAUUUAUCUGACGCAAACCGCCAACAGUCUGUCAAACAAUAACCUUCAGAAACCCUAUCUAAACAUUAAGCGACGACGACAUGGCUGAUUUUACUAUUGACCAGAACAACCUGCCUGGCGUAAAAGAGGUGUGCCGGGACUUUGCUGUGCUAGAAGACCACUGUCUUGCUCACAACCUUCAGGAACAGGAAAUCGAGAGCCACCUGGCAUCCAACGUCAACAAGAGCCGUCUGGUGCAGCAGGACCUGCAGGUGGCCAAACGUCUGCAGGAGGAAGAGGACCUGCGGGCCAAAGCCCAGAGCCAGAGACAACAUCGCCGCAUUGAACGCAGCGACAAUGAAAUUGCUCAGGAGAUUCAAGAACAACUGGUCCGGCAGGCUGAGCAACAGCGGCAGCAGGAGGAGAAAGAUGAGGCCAUCGCCCGUAAGCUGCAGGAGCGAGAGAUGAAAGAGGAGAGAAAACGGCAAAAGCAGGUGGAAACAAACCCUGAGGAGUACUACGACGAUAAAGCCCCCCGAUUUCCACCGGACCUGCGAGAGCCGAAACCCUGUUCCACUUCUCCAGGUCACAGAAAAGGGAAGAAUCACGACUACAAUCAAAUUCUUUCCCCAUACAACUCUCCUGAGCUAGACAGAAAAAGAUAUCCCAAUAGCCAUAGUCGAUAUCCAGAAUAUGAGCCUAUUGAGUUGGGCCGAUCUAGGCAUCCUGAGAGUCCAAGCAAGGGAAGGGUCCCAGAGUACUGCUCACCUGAGCGACGACCGAAAGAUUAUUCAAGAGAGAGAAACAAGCCUCUCGAUCUUGAUUACACAGAACCACGUAGAAGAAAGAAGCAAGAUCAAUGGGACGACCUGGAGCCAGUGGUGCGCCGGAAGGAGAAACCUCCCAGAGAUUACUCUGCCGGCCGGGACGGGGUCUGGGAGGAGGAGAGGAUCAGGGAUCGAGAACGAGAAAGGGAUGGACGGAGAACCAAGGAAAGCUCGAGAGAUCGGAACCAGACAAGAAGUCAAGAUCGGCUGUUUAGUGGAGAUGCCAAGCAGGUUGACAGGGGCAGGAACGUGGACCGGGAGAUGGACCGAAAUGGCUAUGGACACGGUAGCAGAGACAGGCAAAGAGAACGAGGCAGAGAUGGGAACAGAGGGAGGCACAAAAGCAGGGACCGAGAACUGGACGAUUACGGUGUCGCCCCAACUAGAGGAUGGUCUGAUGAAAGCCUGGAGUGGGAGGAUCUCAGGAACAGGCCAAGGCUCCUGUCAGGUCCUAAUGAGGUGUUUGAGGAGCCCAUUCUCAGAGGCCUCCCAAAUGAGGGCCGGUCCCCUGGUCAUUCUCCCAGAGAGAGAGGUCGGAAGGUGCGGGGAGAAUUUGGCUUGAAGGAGGCAACACAUGGACUGGCCCACUUAGACCUACAAGACCAGGAGCUCAAAGACUUGGAGGUGGCACGCAGGCUGCAGGAAGAAGAAAUUAAGGCGAGUCAGUUAGACAGAAGAGCCGCUCAAGUUGCACAAGAUGAGGAAAUAGCCCGACGGCUGAUGGAGGAAGAGAAAAGGGAGUAUAAGAGAUCAAAAGAGAAGGAGAAACAAGUGAUGGAGAGAAGACGGCCUGAGCUGGAAUAUAAGCCAAUGCAAGAAGAAGUCGUCCGACCACGAACUCGAGAAGAGCCUCGCUUCAGAGAGGACGAGUACCAGAGAGCACGCAACCACAAACCUGCGAGGCCGCCUCCUCCUACACAGCACUACGAAAACAUAAACCCGAGCUACGUGUAUGCAGACAGCUCGUACUCCCCUCGCCCUCCGUCAAGACCAGAGGCGUACAAAGGUGCCCCCUACAGACCGUGACUACAAGCCUCCACUGCUGUCCAAUCAUGAGUCCGUUCAACCCUUUAUUUUGCGAAUCAAUAGAGGAGAAAGCAAUUAAAAAAUACUUUGAGGCUUUCGGCAGAAGCUACUGACACUUUAUUUUAAUUUUCCCUCUUCGAGUUUCUCAGUUCAUCGCAUCAGAUGAACCAAUGUCAUGUCUUCGUGUUGUGAAAGAGUCUUUUACCCUGGAGCUACGAACUACUGGGCGGUUCCUGUUUGCUUCUCAUGUUCUUGUCUUAUUGUGGAUGACCGGACAGGAAGGGAUCUACUGCACAGCUCUUAUGAACAUCCCUUUUCUCUUGGCAUCUAUAAAUGAAGUUUCGUCUUGAUUCCAUGUUGAGUUCAGGAUACAGCAGUUUUCCAGCAGUUUUUUUGUUUUUAUUUAAUGGAAAACAUGCUUGAAUUUAUAUACAGCACACGUUUGUGCUAUGUAUUUAUUGAUUUAUUUUCAGAGGAUAUAUUUUAUUUUAUUUUUUUGAUCCAUAUUUUAAAACGCUGAUUGUUUUACGCUUUCCUCAGUCGACAUGAAGAGACUGUUAGCAUACACUGGAAGAGAUCCAAUUUAUGGAGAUGCAAAAUUCCACUUAUCUCAACGUCUUAAGAAGCAGGUUCAGUCUUCGUAUCAGAUCUAAUAUCAAGGUGAGGCUGUCAGUGCUUCUUCAUUUUGCCUUCAUAUCAUUAAUGAGAGACUCUUUACUCACACUGAGGGCUUACGUACAGCUAGGGUUUGAGACGCUCAGUCUUCGGGUGCCUUUGUUUUUGUGAUAUUUCACCUGCAGUGUCUGUAGCGAUUCUCUCAUCUGCGACUGAUAUGCUCCAGUGUUCAAGUGCAUGCUGGCUGAAUGUGAACUCUGUGGGGUCUAUAUGAAUUUUGUCAUCUGGAAACAAAACAAACAAACAAAAAAAAUGGCCACAAACAUCUCUACUCCUCAUUUUUUAUUUUUAUAUAUUUUUAUGAUUUAUUUAUAAUUCAAUAAAAAUCUAAAAUACAAGUUAAGGCAUGUUAGUAGCAUUGCUGUUGGCACAGAUGUAAACAGUUUUCUUGCUUGCAUCAUCAUCAUAUGCAAUUCAUGUUAAUAUAUCAGUGUUCGGAUUUGCAGUGCUUAGCAUUUGAUGGCAAACUUACUUUAAGAAGGGACAUAACAACUGACCAGCAAAUAGAUCAA